AUGUUUGAAAACAGACCUGCUCCGCCGCUCCUGCACCUCAGCGCCCUCAUUGGCCCUGUUGUUUGUUGGCCUCUCUUCCUGCAGGGAGGAAGUGACAUCAACCCACUGAGAUCUGCCCACAAAACAAGACCAAGCACAUUCAGGUUCAGACAGUCGCCCAACCAUCCGGCUGUUUAAAAAAGAAACAAAACAUGGUGAGCCAUGUCUGCCGGACACAAAGAGACCCGGCGAGUGUUUUUCUCCAACCCUUUGAUGAGCGAUGUGGAAUCUGACUGGUCUCCAGUUCACGCUGCAGCCUCUAACGGACAGCUCCUCACUCUGCAGAGGCUCGUCGCUCAGGGAGUCUGUGUAAACCUGAGCACUUUGGACCGGGUCACGCCCCUUCACGGAGCGUGCAUGCGAGGCCACACAGCAUGCGCUGAGGUUCUGCUGGAAAACGGGGCAGAUGUAAACGGCUCGACCGCUGAUGGCAGGACAGCCCUGACAGAGGCGUGCGCUGGAGGUCAUGUGACCUGCGUAUCGCUGCUUCUGCAGCGUGGAGCGGCUCCCCUGGGCACAAGCCGGUCCAGCUCUCCGAUCCACUUGGCCGCCGCUGCAGGUCGGCCUGAGUGCAUUGAACUUCUGGUCCAGCGCGGUGCAGAUGUGGAUCAGAACAUCGACGGUGUAGGAACUCCUCUCCACGUCGCCUGCUCCAAUCAGCAUCUCAGUUCUGUGGAGAAACUCCUUCAACUCGGUGCGAACGUGAACAAAAUCGGACUGGAUGACUCACCUUUGCACGUCGCCGCUCGCCUGUCCAGCCCGGAGCUGGUGCUGGUCCUGCUGGAUCACGGGGCUGACCGCCACCUCACCAACGCCGAGGGCAAACGGCCGGCAGACCUGGCCCCGGCGAACAGCCCGGCAGGGAGGCUGCUGGAAGCAGCAGGAGGAGUGACUCCUCUGAAGCAGCUGUGCCGGCUGUACAUCAGGAGGACGGUGGGCCGGCGGAGGCUGGCCGGGAUUCAUGACCUUCACCUCCCUGCACAGAUACGACAGUAUCUCCUCUACCUAUGAGGCCCGAAGGAAGGUUUAAAUGAGGCAAAUCCUUCAACCUGUUAACCAGCAGACGUUUCACACUUCGCCCACUAGGGGGCAGACUUGUAUAGUUACAUGAGACAAAACCACUUCACAAAAGAAAGAUUAUUUAUAUGACCCCAGAAUGCAGACAUAAGCAAAAAUAUGUUUAGAAAUAUUGUAAAACUUUUAUAUAUAUUAGUUUUAAUCUCAUAAAAAUGAAAGCUAUUAUAUAUUUGUCUAUUUCCUCAUAUAAAAACACUGGAUAUUA